AUGUCUGAGUUACCUUCCGGUCCAUGGGUCAAUGUGAGCAUAGAUUUCGCAGAUCUGCCCAGCGGAGAGCAUUUACUCGUCAUUGUGGAUGACCACAGCAGAUAUCCCGUUGUGGAAAUCGUAACUUCCACGUCGGCGAAAGCGGUUAUCCCGAAGCUAGAUCGCGUGUUUGCCAUGUUUGGAGUCCCAGAAGUUGUCAGAAGCGACAAUGGACCUCCAUACAAUAGCAUAGAAUUCGCAAAAUUCGCACACUAUGUCGGAUUCUCUCACAGGAAAAUUACACCCCGCUGGCCGAGAGCCAAUGGCGAAGUUGAACGCCUGAUGCAUACCCUGAAGAAGGUCGUCCGCACAGCUGUCGCUGAGAGCAAAUCGUGGAAACAGGAGUUAUACCGGUUUCUUCGAAACUACAGAGCUACCCCGCACGCGACCACUAGCGAAGCACCGGCGACACUGAUGUUUGGCCGUCCACUGCGUACGCGUCUCCCCGAAGUUCCGCGUCAAGUUGAAAAUUCUCGUGUUCGUGACCGCGACAGUCAGAAUAAAUCGCGAAUGAAGCGAAACGCGGAGCGACACAUGAAGAUGCGUUUGACGCCACUCAAAUGUGGUGACAAAGUCUUUGUCAAGCGUGAUGGCUACGUCGACAAGUUCACGACCCCUUUCGACCCUAAGCCUUUUGUCGUCAGCACCAAAGGAUCCAUGAUCACUGCACGUCGUGGAAAGCAAACAAUAACUCGAAAUGCUUCUUUCUUUAAGGUGCUAGAUAUGUCUCUAGUUGUGGAUAACACUGACUCUGACUUUGACUGCUCUGACAAUGAACAAGACAAUGAGCAAAUGCCUGACAUUCCACGGAGAAAUCCAAUCCGUGAACGCAGACGCCCUAGGCGUUACGAUGAUUUUGUCUAG